CGCACAUUUUAUAGACUUGGACAAGAAGAGGAAAAGGCUAGACUACUGUUGUUCGAGUUCUAACCCUGGAAAUUGUAGCCACUGUUAGGAAGCAAAGAUUGCACUGUUUGCGUAAUGUGCAGUCCCGCGGGAGGAGCCUAGCUUUCAGGGGAUAGCUUUAUUUUAUUGAUUUACUCAUUUAACCGAGAAAAUUAAUCCCUGGAAAAGUGCUCUAUUUUGAGAUAAUCUGGCUUUUGGCGCACUUCUUUUCCCCCUUAUUCUCGCCCGCUCUACUUUUGCGGUUGAAGUUUUCAUGCUUCUGUCUGAAUGACUUCAUGCUGCAGUUGAUUCGCUACAAGCUGCACGCGGCUCUUUCUUCAAGUUUAUUUCCGAGAGCAAAUUGUAUAAUUGCGGAGACAUUCCUCUGUCGCCACAUCGGUUCUCGAAUGACAGAUUUCUUCGUGUAUAUGCAGUGACCCACUGAUUACUGUCUACGCAAUUACGAAACAUUUCCGUUGCGCAUUUUUUUAUGCAGAUGCUUCAUUACCUGGAGUGAAGAUCUGGAUUAAUAGAUGUACUGUAUUAACUAGGCUACGUGCUGUCCUUUGAGGUUGUUGAACAUACCUCAGUAAAAAUAAAGGAAUUGCGGUGAAACAUUGCUACCGAAAGGAUUUUUUGACCGAAGAUGGGUGUUUGUGGAUACUUUGUCGUGUCUUGGAAGUGCCUUGUAGUUUUGUCGCUCAGACUCCUGUUUCUUGUACCUGCAGGAUUGCCAGUCCGCAGCCAAGGGGAUUCCCAAUCCGAUAACAAAGUGAUGGAGAAUAUUACCGUCAGACAAGGAGAGUCUCUGCUACUCAGGUGUUCACAGGGAAUUGCAGUGACACGCACGGCCUGGCUGAAUCGGUCGAGUAUACUGUAUGCGGGAGAAGACAAGUGGUCAGUGGAUCCACGGGUGAGCCUGGUGGUCCUGAACGAGGAAGAGUUCACCAUAAAAAUCGUGAACGUGGACAUGUCCGAUGAAGGACCGUACACCUGUGCGGUACAGACACGCAGCCGGCCACGGACAACAUCGGUCCACGUCAUCGUCCAGGUACCUCCAAAAAUCAUGAAUUUAUCAAAGGACUUAGCAGUGAACGAAGGUUCCAAUGUAACCUUGAUGUGCAUUGCAAACGGGAAGCCAGAACCCUCAGUCACAUGGAAACUUCUCUCUUCAACCGGUCUUGUUUCGGAAGACGAGUACUUGGAGAUCCCAUCCAUCUCCAGGCAGCGGGCCGGGACGUAUGAGUGCACCGCGGUCAACGAGGUGUCCGCAGAUGUGCAGACGGUCGUAUUAACCGUCAACUACCCCCCAUCUGUGACAGAGGGCAGAGACAUCGGAGUCUCUCUCAGCCAGCGCGGGGUCCUUCAGUGUGAGGCCGAUGCUGUGCCCGAGGCUGAUUUCGAGUGGUACCGAGAUGACAGAAGGCUCUUCAGCGACUUGGACGGCAUUGAUAUCAAAGAAGAUGGCAUGGUGUCGAUGCUGACAUUCUUCAACGUGUCCGAAGUGGACUAUGGCAACUACACCUGCGUCGCUAUCAACAAACUGGGCAGCGCGAACACCAGCAUGGUUCUGUACGAAGUUAAUGAGCCCACUAGCUCGACACUAUUGCAAGUUUUGCCAAUUACAAGACAUGCUCCUCUCUCAUCCCACCACUUUAAAGGGUUGCAUGGUGACUCAGAAUGGAAAUGGUUAUUCACGUGGAGGAUUUUAAAGCCCCGGAGCAGUGCAAGAUGGGAACAGUGGCACCAUGGGAACGCAAGCCUCGACCUGUCUACUUAUUAUCAUCGGUCUUCAGCUGCUGCUGAAGUUUUGAUGCAACAAAUACUUUUCUGGUGGGGCAGGGGUGGGGUCAGGGGGUGGGCUGUUGGGGUUUGGGGGCAGUUUAAUUAAUUUUUUGCAUCUUCUUUUCUCUCUCACUUGUGGAACCACAGACUUUUGCACCACAUGUGCAUGGGUUAUCCUUGUCUCUGAUUUCCCAAACUGUAGGGAUGAUGUAACAUAUUAACAUAAUUUUACAGUUUUGGAGCAAAUACGAUACUGCCCAUUUGUUGGCUGAAUAUGCCCCCAAUUCCUGGUCUCACAGUUUUGCUUUCUUUAAUUUCCUAAGCUAUUAUUAUAUUUUAUAUUUCAUUUGAGGUGUAAUAACAAUGUAAUAAUGAUAAUACUUUUUCUGGUAUUUUAAGAAACCAGAAUAAUAGAGAGAAGAGACUUCUGACUUCUGAAUCUGUCUCUCUCCUCAACAUUGUAAAUGAUGAUAUUUUUAAGUGGUUUGUGCUAUGCUAUAUUUUUAGUAAUAUUGAUUAAAUAUUUUCAGAGGUAACAAUAUUGAAGUUGUAAUUAUACAGAAACUGUUACUGCUAAUUGACUGAAGUUUUACUAGAAAAUGAAAAAGGCUUAGGGCCUGGUACUGUUCUUGUCUGUAAAUGGCACAAUAACCAUGAACAUGGUAACAUGGUAAAACAAGCUAAAAACCAUAUCCAAUAAAAAAUAAAUAAUCUGAUUAAACAAGCAAAGAUAAGAUUUAUAAAUUGGUAAUACAGUAUAUAUGGGAGUAUUUACCAUUUUGCAAGCAAAGUACAUCUUAACAUUAUGUAAUGUAAUUUAUUGCAAGAUUAUUAAUGUCAUACAUUUUGUGUUAUGUUACAAUGACAUUAUGAUGAAUUAUGAGUGUAAAUGGUCCCCUUUUUUGAGUCGAUCUUACAAGUGUCACUGUAUAAUGGAAACUGUGUUGGUUUGUUCAGGCUUAAGAGGUCAGUUAUCCUCACUGAUAAUGGUGCCUCAUUCCUUUUAAAUGCUAGUAUUCACCACUUCUUCAAACGACCUGAAAUUUGAUCAUUUUACUGUUUUAGAUUUAUAUGUUGUUGCCAUUGCAGUAUAAUUAAUCAAUUUUCUAAUUUGUCGCAAACUGGACAUACUUUGACUGGGAAUGCAUAAAGGAACAAAUAUAGUGAGUGGAAACGUUUGUACAUGUUACUAUCCAGUAUUGUGUAUUGACCUAUUAUCAGAGCGUGGAUUAUAUUUCUAUCAGGAUUAAAAUCAGAUAUGAUUGUCAAAGUCAUAAUGUUCAAAAAUGUCUUGAUACACAUCCCUCAAAUCAAAUCACAGGCUAUUUGUGUUAAUUGGAUUCAUGAUAUGUAUGCUUGUUUUGUUUAAGCUGACUUAGUACUGUAGCUAUGUCAUAAAAAUCCCUGACAAGCAAAACAACUAUUAUUCAUGUUUCAUUCCUAAUUUUUUCAUUUUUAAUAGGAAAAAUACCAAUUCUGAUUUCAGUAACAUUAAGUAUUAUAAUGAUGAUUAUUAUGAUGAUGAUGAAGAUGAUGAUGAUGAUUAUUAUUAUUAUUAUUAUUAAUAAGGUGAUGAUGAUGGUGAAUUUGAAAUGCCUUUUUCACUGAAAGUUAACUGAAUACUCUGUAUGUUUUCUGUAGAAUUGCAAUUCCUCUCCUCGUGGGACAGCCAAGCGUUUUGGGCUGUGCGUUAUUUGUUGUCUUUUAUUUACUAUUUAAAUACUUGCUGGCCAAAAAAAUGUCAGCAUCCAGCGCAAUUCUUUUCUCAGUCAUUCACCACAUACCAUUUACUAAUAAAAAGGACAAUUGUGUCGGACUUACACAGAAGCACCAUCCCGUGUACACAUCAGAUUUUCCAGGGGAGUGACUUUCACAGCGGUGUGGGAAAAUGGAUCAUUGACGUACUUCCUGUCAAAUGUUUUGUAGUGGACUUUGACCGGCCACAUGACUGGUCACAUGAUUGGACAGGUUAACAGCAAUGCUUAGGGUAGAUUCAAUAAAAGUUUCCAAACCGCCAAGUUUUUUGGUUACAGAUCAAACAUUCGAGAGACAGACACAGACACAAAGUGACACAAAACAAUUUGAGCAAGGUUUUAAGUUUCUUUUUCUUGUCUUUAAUUUCUGUUUCAAUAACUGUGGAGACAAUAGAGCUUGUAUUGUACCUACCCUAUAUUACUGUAAGUGGUGUGUCUGUGACAGUGUAUUAAAUGCAUCAGAGUGCUCUAUAUUUCUUCAUCUAGGAUCAAACAAGAAAUAAACUUGAAAUUGGUGAUCUGCCAAUGCACUAUAGUACCAGCCAUUGAAAGAUAAUGUCCACCUGUUGCUGUGAUCACUUCACAGACUUGAUUUAUUGCAGUCAACUGUACAAGAAUAAAUAUAUGCAUACUGGUCCCUGGCCGCAGACAGCAAAACAGAACUUCCACUUUCAGGGUACAUGGAGAUGUGUGUUUGCUGUUCUCUCCAGGAUAGUUAAUUCCAGAAUGAAGGAAAAUGGCAUUCCAUUUGACUCCCUGUAAUGUAAAGGAAUCUUGGCUCAUAUGUAUUUUCUUUAUGAGAUUGUGUGUUCAUAUUUAAAACAGAUGGUAAUAAAAAAAAUGUUGUAUCUA